GUGGUAGAAUAUUCUGAAAACCCACAAAGUCCACAGCUGUGUAUGAAUUUACAUCAACAUCAACAAAGAUCAGCUUAAAUAUUUGAACCAGCCAACACACCUUAAUUUUGAUCCCUCCACUAAUCAUCAAAUCUCUCUCUCUCUCUCUCCUCUCUUUCUUGCAACGUGGGAAGUACCCAUUGGUGGGGCCACUUCUCUCUCUUCAUCUCUCUUCCUCCUCAUCAUCUUUACUCUUUUUUCUGGGUUGUUUUGUGUUCAUGCAAUAAUAAUGGUGUUUAACUUAUUGGGUUCAAUUGGGUUCACAAAGCCCGAGUUAGUGUUGAGUUGGUGGAACGAGAUCAACGAGUCAACUCAGUGGCAAGAUGGCAUAUUCUUUACCCUUUGUGCUAUCUAUGCAAUUGUUUCUGCUGUUGCUCUUAUUCAACUUAUAAGGAUUGAAUUGAGAGUUCCUGAAUAUGGAUGGACAACGCAGAAGGUUUUUCACUUGAUGAACUUUAUUGUUAAUGGAGUACGUGCGGGUAUCUUCGGAUUUCACAUGUUUGUAUUUGCUGUAAAGCCCAAGGUCUUGAUGUUGGUGUUAUUGGACUUCCCUGGGCUGUUAUUUUUUACAACAUACACUCUGUUGGUUCUUUUCUGGGCUGAGAUAUAUUAUCAGGCUAAAAGUCUCCCGACAGAUAAGCUCAGGACCUGGUAUAUUGCAGUUAAUUGCAUAAUCUACGUUAUACAGGCUUUGAUCUGGAUAUUCCUAUGGAUUCAUGACAACAGCUCUCUUGAUAACAUUGGACAAAUAUUUAUAGCAGUGACGUCCAUUAUUGCAGCGUCAGGUUUUUUGGUUUAUGGCGGAAGGUUAUUCUUCAUGUUGCGGCGCUUCCCAAUUGAAUCAAAGGGGAGAAGAAAAAAACUUCAUGAGGUUGGAUCUGUUACAGCAAUUUGUUUCACUUGCUUUCUUAUACGCUGCUUCAUGGUUAUAUUAUCUGCCUUUGAUGCUGAUGCGUCUCUUGAAGUCUUGGAUCACCCAAUUCUGGAUCUCAUAUACUACAUGGUUGUUGAGAUACUGCCUUCUGUACUUGUCCUCUUUAUCUUGCGAAAGCUUCCUCCGAAAAGAGUAUCCGGUCAGUAUCAUCCAAUCCGGUGAGCUUGAAUUAUUAACAUGACCGGUGGUUUCUUUUGCAAGGGUUGUCCUGAAUUUAGGACCUGAGCUAUUAUCAGAAUAUACAAUGUACUAUCUGCUCUGCCUGUUGAAGAGUACCCAUCUUGCUCGUUCCUCUCGUGUGCAUGCAUCUUUUGUCGCAGUUUCGUGUGUAAUAUUGGUUAGAGCUAGCUCAGAUUUCUCUGUUACAAUUAGGGGCGUGAUGAUACUUCAUUUCAUUGUAUUAGUAGAUUAUGAGGCAUCACCAAAUUGUAAAAAGCUCCAUCCAAUUUUGAUUAAGAGAUUCGGGUCUUAUACUUGUUACUCUGCUGAAUUUCAUAGAAUAUGACAAGGAUCUGGGCUACGCAUAUUUGGGAAGCAUAGUUUGGCAAUUUAUUAUAUGUUUAUAGGAGCUUUCAUAUGAAAAACCAAUUAGCAAUUGUAGUGGUAACCUCUCAAGUUAAUAAAAUGGUUGUUUUCACCGAUCUA